UUUUUGAAAACUUCACAGACAGUAGAACAGGUGCCCCAAGCACAACUGAAGAUUUAAACACAAUUCACCAAACACCUUCCAAUGAAAUCACUACUCAACAUCCAACACACCCAACUCCUUCUGGUGAAAUUGUUCUACAUCCCUCACAAAAAUUUAUGCAAGUCAAACAAAAAUUUGAAUCCUACAUUCUGUAUCAAUACCCUUGUGUUCCAUGCUCUUUUUGCAGCAGGUUGCUUUAUCCUGAGAAAGCAAAAUGGACUCAAAAGAUUGAAAAUUUUGAAUGCCCAUUAAUUCAAGCAAACCUAAACCUAAGGCUCAUUGAAAAUCCAAAUCCACCAGAAAAUCAUAUAGCAGUGUGUAGUUCAUGUGCCUACUCUGAAUAUCAGUCAAUUGUUGGAACAUUUGGGUACUCAAAAAACAUUCGAUCAUUGACAUUGUAUUCUGGAAUGAUUGGUGCAAAUUGGUUAGCUGACAACAAUCCAUAUUUGAGAGAAUAUAAAAAUGCACUAGUGACAAAUUCCUCAGGAUCUGUAUCUUCAUUCCACACUGGAACACACUUACCAGAUGAUGAAACUGCUCCAGAGUUUCAAAAGAUGUUUUCUGGAAUUUAUCAAAUCUUUGCACCAUUUGGAGGAAUUAAUGUUAUUCUGAUAGGUGAUCUUGCUCAACUUCCCCCAAUAAAUGGACAUCCUGUAUACAAAUCUCCUAUUUGGAAAGUUUUCUACCCAAUUUUUCUUCGUCACUCUCAUCACCAACAAAAUGAUCCAUUUUUCUAUAAUGUCUUGCAAAAGAUAAGACUUGGAAACAAAACACCAUCUGUUUGGCAAUUUUUACAAGAAAAAGCUAAUCAAAUUUAUGAUAUCUGA